AUGGGUAAGAAUAAGAAGAAGCAAAAUAAUAAUAAAUCAAGUCCAUCUAAUAAUGACAAUUCAUCAAACCCGUCGAUCAACGAACUACCAACUACAACUAAUGAUUCAAUACCAACAGAAGAAAUAAACUCACUAAAUAUCGAAGAAAAUGAACAGGAUAUGCGGGAAGAAUCUAAAUUGGGAACCACAAAUAAUAAUAAUAACACUGAGAAUGGCUUAAAUCAAUCUGAAUUACUUGAAAAAUUGAAACAAGCAGAAUUAGAUCGUGAUUCAAUUCAACAAUCUUAUGAUAACUUGGUUAGUAAAUUGACAUCCAUGAAGACUGUAUUUACCAAAAUGAAACAAUCAGAAGAAGAAUUGGAGAUAAAGAAUGAAUUGGUUGAGAAAUUGACCCAAGAAAAUGAAGAAUUGAAGCGAAAGGCUACAAAUUCAGAAGAGCUUACAAAGUUAAAAGAAGAGAAUGUUAAUCUUAAUAAUGAAUGUGAAAAAUUGAGUGAUUCGUUAACUAAAUCAAGACGAGAGUAUAAUUCAACAAUUGAAACAUUGCAAGAUGAAAAAUACAAUUUAGAAAACCAAAAUUCAAAAUUGAAUAAGAAAGUUAAUGAGCUAAAACAAGAAUUGAAUGAAAUCCAAGUAAAUUCAAAUGAACUAAAAAUGGAUUCGAAGAAUUACUUAAGUAUAAUUGAUGAAUUAAAUGACAAAAUAAAAGCAAAACAUCAAGAAAAUGAAAAAUUACAUACGUUGAAUGAAGAAUUAACAUCUAAAAUAUCUCAAGACCAAACAAGUACUGCUAAUGAGAUAACUAAGCUAAAAGAAGAGAUUGAAAGCUUAAAGACUGAUAUAACACAAGAUAAUUCACAAAUUGAAACAUUGAAAGAAGAGAUAUCUCAAAAAGAAACAGCAUUAAAAGAUCUUCAAGAAGAAACAAAACAAAUUGACAACUUAAAAUCUGAAAUUAAUAAUAAACAAUUAGCAAUUGGAAAGUUGCGUCAUGAAGCUAUAAUAUUAAAUGAACAUUUAACAAAAGCUUUAACAAUGUUGAAACAAGGUGGUGAUGGAUCAAACAAGAAAACAAUAGAUACAGAAUUAAUCUCCAAUAUUUUGAUUAGUUUCUUACAAUUUCCAAGAGGUGAUACAAAGAAAUUUGAAGCUUUACAGUUAAUUAGUGCUUUAUUAAAUUGGGAUCAACAACAAAAGAUUCAAGCUGGACUAAUACAAACAAGUAAUAAUAAAAAUCAGCAAAAUCAACAGGCUACUAAAUUAGAUAAAGAUGGUAAUGAAAUACCUGUUAGACAAAGUUUUGUUUCGUUAUGGACGGAAUUUUUAGAAAAAGAAUCGAGUGGUAAAUGA